GCGAGACCGACGAGAGUCAGCUGGUCGAGGCGAGGGGGGGGAGCGCGCGUGGAGUGGGCUGAGCGUGUGCGCGCGCGCCAGCGAGCAAGGGAGAAAAGAGUGAGUGUGUUUGUGUGCGCGCGUGUGUGUGUGUGCGGUUUGUACGUGCGCAAGGACAGCGCUUCGGGGGACAAGGUGAACACGGCGGCGGACAGAGGUUUUUCUUUUGGGGGGUGGGAAGCAGUUUGUGCCGAGAGUCAGACGAGGAAAUUUGAAGCGUUUAACCAGGCGCUGAUACGUCGUGCGUCCUGGACACGAGCUUGAACUGCGUGCUGCCCUUUCCUAACCGGUGCUCGGUGAGACCAGAGGGUUCCCUGCAAGAGGAAGCACAAGGCAAACACCAUGGCUUUAGCAGGAUGCCCUGACUACUUUUUACGUCACCCGAACUACCAGGAAAGGAUGGAGCGCACUUCCUCUCGCAGGCCUGAGGAGCUGAUGGUUUCCGGCUUUCAGCGCUCAGCCACUCAGUCUUUGCCACAUCACCAUGCUGCCUCCACAGAUGACGACGUGGACCUGGAGCAGCUGGUGAAUGACAUGAACUCCUCCAUGGAGAGCGUGCAGUCCACGCAGGCAGAGACGUCACUUCUACUAAACAACGGUCACGUACACGCUUCUCACCACCAGCAUCACCAUCUCUCCGCUCAUCCGGGACACGGCCAGAUCCACCGUCGCCACACGCCGUCCCUGCGCCCCUCUUCCCCCUCCAGGGAAAGGCUGAAGCACUCUCAACCCAUGCACAUCCAGGCUGUCAGGUGUCUAAAGGAAGAGCAUCAGCUGCGCCCGGCCUCUUUGCCGGCCAUCCCCAACCCGUUCCCGGAGCUCUGUAGCCCAGCGGGAUCCCCUGUUCUUAGCCCGAUACAGACUUCCGACAGCCAUAUCGUGAAGGUUUGGAGCGAGGAUGGUGCCGGCAAAGUGGUGGAGAUUCCAGCAGACAUGACGGCGAGAGACGUGUGUCAGCUGCUGGUCUACAAGAGCCACUGUGUGGACGACAACGCCUGGUCGCUGGUGGAGCACCACCCCGUCCUCGGCCUCGAGAGGUGUCUGGAGGACCAUGAACUGGUGGUUCAGGUUCAAGCCUCCAUGAGCAGCGACAGUAAAUUCCUCUUCAGGAAGAACUAUGCCAAAUAUGAAUUCUUCAGGAACCCCCUGAACUUUUUUCCAGAGCACAUGGUGGCUUUGUGUCAUGAGUCUGACGGUUCGAUCCCCCAGGCACAGCUCUUACAGAACUUUCUGAACUCCAGCAGCUGUCCUGAGAUCCAGGGCUAUCUUUAUGUGAAGGAGCCAGGAAGAAAGUCCUGGAAGAAGCUCUACAUGUUCCUGCGACGCUCAGGCCUUUAUUACUCAACUAAAGGAACAUCCAAGGAACCCAGACACCUGCAGGUGCUCUCAGAUCUGGAGGACAGUAACAUUUAUACUAUCAUCACCGGGAGGAAACUUUACAACGCCCCUGCAGACUACCAGUUCUGCAUCAAGCCCAAUAAAGCCAGGAGUGACUGUAAGGAGCUGAAGAUAUUGUGUGCCGAGGACGAACAGAGCAGGACAUGCUGGAUGACUGCCUUCCGACUGCUCAAAUAUGGGAUUGUCCUGUACCAGAACUACAAUGUGCCCCAACACAGGAAGGCUAACAACACAUCUUUCUCUGCGCCUGUGCGGAGCGUGUCCGAGAACUCUCUGGUGGCCAUGGACUUCUCGGGCAGGACCGGCCGUGUUAUUGACAACCCGGUCGAGGCCCAGAGCGCCGCCCUGGAGGAGGGACAAACUUGGAGGAAAAGAACCCACCGCAUGAAUGUCCUGGGCAGCCCCAGCCCCCUGCACCCAUCCACUCUGAACACAGUGAUCCACAGGACACAAGUGUGGUUCCAUGGCCGUAUCAUGAGGGAGGAAGCCCACAAAAUGAUAAUACAACAAGGCCAAGUAGAUGGGUUGUUCCUGUUGCGGGACAGUCAGAGUAAUCCCAAGGCAUUCGUGCUCACCUUGUGCCAUCACCAGAAGAUCAGGCACUUCCAGAUCCUACCGGUUGAGGAGGACGGCCAGGUGUUCUUCAGCCUCGACGACGGUGCCACCAAGUUCACGGACCUGAUCCACCUGGUGGAGUUCUACCAGCUCAACAGAGGCGUGCUGCCCUGCAAGCUCAAACACCCCUGCACCGCUGUGGCCUUGUGACACUUCCCCCACCUGACACAGCCUCCCCCACCCCCCUUUUUUUUUGCACAUGAGAAGAUCCCCCCCCCCCCAUGCCCGCCCCCUCACCACCUGAGCGGGGUUAAAGAGAAAGAGAAAAGCAGGGCCGCUAUUUCUGGGACGUGACCAACUCUGCAAGAGCUGACAGCGUGGUCCCCGCUUUGUGGUUCCCCCCCGCCUUAUCGCCGCGUUCAGACGGCGGCGCGUUGUCCCGUAGUUGUCCGGCUCCUGUGGUGUUUCUCGGAGAUUCGGUAGAUUUGUUGAACACCAAAAGUUGUGAAAACACAAGACCACUAAAGGGACAUCUUUACAGCAGGAGCUUUGAGGGUCUUUUUCAACGGAUCUCUCGCUCUGAGUCGUUCAACCCUCCCCCAACCUUUCCUCCAGGCCGGAUAAGCUGUGGUGCCCGCCCCACCCUCGCUCCCUCGUCACCGGGGUGAGCAGGGAGCACCACCCUCUUGACUUCCUCACCGAUUAUCAGGGAUGGACGGGAACCUGCCUGGGUCUGACCGAGCGAGAUCCAGGGGGGGUUUCUCAACCUGUGCAGUCCAGUCUGGAUAAGCUGACACCCUGUCCCUCUCUCCUCAACACCUUAGCGGGCUGGAAGCGACGUAGCCACAAUCCCCCUGGUGCGACCCCCCCAUCUCCCACCCCCCCAAUCCCCGUCGCCUCCACAGCAGUUCAGACAACAGUUGGGACAGACGGAGGGAGCGGCCGUAGGCGAGAAGAGAGGAGCAGUGGCGAGGGUUCGCUUAAAAAAGAAGAAAAAAAAAAGGACAGAGGAAUGUUUAACCAGGAAGGCCCUAACAAGCCUGUCUUGUAGAGUCAAUUACUUGAUGUCAUAUAAUGCUGUUUUUAUUCAUGUCGAUUCAAUGCAGAACUAGUUUUGCACUCCUGGGCGGACAGACAACAGCUCUCUAGCUAAAUGAAGCUGCCCUCCUCUUUCUCCCCCGCUCUGUUUCUGCAAAGCGGGCGCGUGAAUUCCCCACCAGGCCCCAUUUGGAUGACAGCGGCGUGGGAGCAGCUGAUUAGGAAGCUCCUAUCAGAGAGGUUUAGGAGCAUCUUAUUGGCCCAGCGUGGCUCGCAGCAAUAACACCGCCACUAACGAAUGUGCUCCUGAACCGGCCGCAGCGCCUCCAGACUCCGAGGAAGAGGAGGAAUAUAGACUCCUGAAAAUCGUCCACUCCCAAGCUUCUACCAUAUCUUUUUUGUUUUCGUCGUUGUUUUUAAUCAGAAGGGUUAUAUUUGUGGGUGAAUCUGUCUUCGAAUGUUGUUUUUCCUUUCCUGAGUCUAAUCCGAGUUCAGUGCUUGCACAUUUGAAUCAUUCUGAUUGUGGCUGGAGCUGUCCCGUUUGGACUCUGACCACUGCUCCCUCGUACAAAGCAACAAAAGCACUCUCGUAACUUUGUUCUUGUUUUUAACUUUAAAUAUGGAAUUUGAACAAAUGACUUGAAAUGUGAACUCAGUCGUCGGGGGAGCUGCGUAGUCGACUGAGCUUCACUUGCCUUAAGUGAAAAUGAUGAGCCAUGUGUAUGAAAUUGAAGGAGCUAUCUUAAAAUGCACAUACAGUGAGACGUUUGCCAUUGGAAGGGGUGGAAGGACGUCGCGAGUGAUGAUGUGAACCAGUAUGUCGAGGGAUAGCGCUAGAUUUUGGGAAAUUACUUUUCUUGCUUUUUUUUUUUUUUUUGCCACUUUUAGAACUGUAUGCUAAAUAUGGAGUGUUUUUUAUUUACGCUUGUAAGUUUAUUAAAAUAAUCUGAGAUUUAAA